AUGCAAGGAACCGAACCCACUUUCUUUGUGUCGUUAGUCAGUGGUGCAUGUGCUGGAACUGCUACUGAUGUGGCAUUUUUCCCCAUUGACACAAUCAAGACCAGAUUACAAGCAAAAGGAGGAUUCUUUCGUAAUGGAGGCUAUAAAGGAAUAUAUCGAGGACUAGGAUCAUGUGUCAUUGCAUCAGCUCCAUCAGCUUCGCUAUUCUUUGUCACAUACGAUACGGUGAAACGAAAAUUGCAGCCUUACGUCUCGUCACCCAAUUAUCGUCACAUGAUUGCUGCGUCCUUAGGAGAAGUUAUGGCAUGUAUAGUUCGUGUUCCAGCCGAAGUGAUCAAGCAAAGAACCCAAGCGAGUCAUAUGGGGUUGACUUCCAGUUGGUCAAAUUUCAAACAUAUCAUAAUGAACAACAACCAACAUGGCGGGAUAAUCAGAGGACUAUACCGUGGUUGGAACAGUACAAUCAUGAGGGAGAUACCGUUUACCAUCAUUCAGUUCCCUCUUUACGAGUGGUUAAAAUUAAAGGCUUGGUCUUCAACUACUGACACUAGAUUACAGCCCGUUUCAAUGGGGUUAAAAGGGGCAAUUUGUGGAAUGGUGGCAGGAGGAGUUGCUGCAGCUCUCACCACUCCAUUGGACGUUAUCAAAACAAGAAUCAUGUUGAGUAACGAAAAAGUCGGAUUUGUACAUGUUAUAUCUCAAUUGAUUCGAGAGGAAGGUUGGUCCAGUUUUUGGAAAGGUGUUGUACCAAGAACGUGUUGGAUCAGUUGUGGUGGAGCAAUCUUUUUGGGAUGUUAUGAGCUAGUUCGUGAUGAAAUGAUGAGAUUAUGA